AUGGCAGACCACUCCUCGCAACAGCCCUAUUACCGGCUGCCCUUUGCCUAUCCCCCCCAGCAGAUGCAGCCCUCCGCGCCUCCAGAAGAGCACCGUGGCCCUUCGCACAUGCAACAGGCGCCUGCCCCCGAUGCCUUUGCUAGCAUCCCGGGCCUGCAACAUUCUGCGUUGCCUGGAAUUAACCUCUCUGCCUACGGUCAGAACAGCCAACAGCCCCCAUUUCCACCGCGUGACUGCUUGGCCGCCUCAACUGCCUUCAGACCCAAGUGCAUGGCUGCCAUUCUUACAGCAAAAUGGCAUGAUUCCUCCACCUCCCAUUCCUGGCUUUGGCGCCCCUCCGCCUUUUCCUGCCCAUGCGCCCCUCCGCCUUUUCCUGCCCAUGCGCCCCUCAACCACGCGACAUCGAUGGCCUUCUCCCCGCAGAACCCCCCACAGCCCCCAGUAGCGGCUAGCGAUCGCGUACAAGGCGUUGUCGGGGACAGCGAGAGGGAGGAUGGCGAGCUCAGUGAUAGAGAGGCUUCGCAACCUGUAGCGCGCAACGCAUACGGUCGAGCUCGCCCCGAGCCCCCUCGCUCUGUUCCGCAAGUCUCCCGUACUUCUCCCCAAGCAGAAGAGGGCUACAACCCUGAUCGCCCCGCAGAUGGUCAAACAGUACCUCAGGAGCCAGCUCGAAAGGCUCCAAAGCAAGCGAGCCCUCAGAACCCAAUGGACAAGAUACAGGAUGCCCGGGACGAAGCCAAGCAGUUCAUCAAAGUCCUGAACAGUAACAACAUCACCUAUCGCACCUUGGCGAACGAGAAUCUCGAUCUCGAGCUCCUCAGAGGUUUGUACCAGAGCCUCAAUCUGCCCUCGGAGCCCGCGCCUAUCGUACUACCCAAAACUAAUGGUGCUCCGCCCAUUUCGAGCACGAAAUCUCCACAGCAGGCAUCUAUUCCUGCGAUCAACACCGAUGUCACUCCUGCGCAGGCGACUAAAUCAGUUGCGUCUCCAACCGGUCCAGUCGAUCGAAAAGACUACAUUGCACGCCUGCAAGCCGCGAAGAUGGCGAAGGUAAGAGGUGCAGCCAGGGCCAGCCCACCACAGAAAACACCGCCUGCACAAGCGCCUACUCCUACACCCGCUGUCAAGACGCCCCAGGCCAUCACAACACCAGGUGCAAAGCAGCCUGUGACGGACGAACAGAGGGCACGGAAUACUGAGUUGAUAAGACAACGCUUGGAAGCGAUCAAGGCGAAGCAGAAGCCAACGACCACCGUGACUAAUAAUGCAACGGCAUCCGUGUCCCGGACACAAAAACCGGACUUGGGUCAAGCAACGGCAGAACAUGCCACGCAACCAGCGCCAUCAAGCACGAGCACUUCAAACACUCCAACCUACACGCCCUCCUUCCCUGGAAUACCCGGAUUAUUUAUGAACGCGCCACCCAGCUUCAAUAGUGGUGCUCCAGUUGCGCCGAAGCCAUUACCCUCAGUUCCGCAGAAGCGGCCUGCCCCUUCAGAGACUGAAGUUUCUACACCACGCGGCUCAGUGACCCCCUACACUCGACCUUUGGGCCAGUCUCCCCACUCACAUCAUGAGGAGUCUAUGAUCAUCCAAGUCAGUGAUGACGAGUCCAACGGUAGCGAUAUGGACAUUGAUGAUGAUCAGGCUGCCCCAGGACCAUCUGCUGCAUCGCCAACUUCAAUACCAAACCAACACCAGGCCCUUGGAAAGUUUCCCAAUUUCCCUUCUCGCUCGGGGUCUACCAUACCCGCUUCCUCUACAGUCAGCACACCUGGUCCCCAAACCCCCACCACGAUUGUUCGCGAAAAGGAGCUAGAGGAUAAAGAAAAACAACUUGUGGCGAUGCGACUGACCCUGAAGAAGAAGCUUGCUGAGAAGCGCGAGAAGGAUAAGGCGGCGGCGGCAGCCGCUAUGGCAAUAUCUUUGUCUGGAACCCAAGAUCCGUCAACUCCAGGGCUGCCUCCUCAAAGUGUCUCUCACGCGACACCCACGACCGACUCGGUCCAAUCAGCUCCUUUGCAGCUUGUUGAUGCUUCUCGCACCGCAGCACAUGAUACCGUCGACCCUGUGAGGCACACCAAGCGACUUCGGCGCGCAGAAAUUCAAUCGAGGCUGCCUUCGUUAGACGCUGAGAUUGCGAGUAACACGAGCAGGAUGGCCCAGUUGACUCAAGAGAUGGAGCAAUUGAUGGCAGAAAACAAGCGGAUUGCGAUAGACAAGGAGCAGUUGACUCAGGAGCUUGAGAAUCUUGGAAUUGACACUGAAGGCAUGUCGCAUGCAGAACUUCGUGCUAAGAAGGAUGAGAUCGACCACGAGACGUUACCAACGAAUACAUCGCAAGGUGCCAGCCUGGGCCCGCAACCCUCUGCGAGCGACGUUCCUAACGCUUUCAUCGAAUCUUCCAAAGCUGGAUCUCCCAAGCUCACAGGGACUGAGCAGAUCAUUGGGUCUGAUCCAUUGCCAGCUCAAAGGCAAAUCUCUGGUAGGUUGACCAUUCUUCCUGGACUUGGACAGACAGCACCACAUCUACCUGAAACUGAAGCGACACUUCCCCAGACGCCAACUAUGGACAAGAUUAUCCCUGUACCGGACGACACAAUUUCAGCGCAACGUGAACCGCAAGUACCAGCUUCACAGGAUGUUUCACUCUCAGACCAGCUGCACGCUCCCAUUGAUAUUGAAGAAUCGACUGUCGAUGCAACCGUUGCACCUGGCGCACAUAGCUCCGCCACUCCGCUCGAUGAUGAUGAGGACUUUUACAGCCCUGCCCCGCCAGCGGAGACGAACCCCGUAGCCGAACCUCAGACCCAAUCAGAAUCGUAUCCUGGUGUUGCGAGAUCUCCAUCCGAGGAAGGGGAAGUGGAGAUGUCCGAAUCUGAGGAGGAAGAGUAUGAGCCAGAUGAGCCUAUGGUCAUCACGGACACGCACAUACAAGAAGCACAAGCCCCUGAACCGGAGACUGCACAAUCCAUUGCUACGUCGCAAGUAUCUACUGAAGAUGAGGAAGACUAUGAGCCACCAGAUGUCGAUCAGGAUAUGUCUGAUAUCCAAAGCGAGGCUGCGACUGCAGAGCAUAUCCUAGAUGUGCCUCCUAUUGAAGUAGAAGACGGUGCUAUGGACAUCGCUACUUCGUCUGACGAAAGCUCGGAUGAUUCAGACUCGGACUCAGAAUCGACAUAUGAGCCUGAAGUCGACAACACAAUUGCAACGAACAAUGUGCCGCAGGAUAAUAACAACACUACUAACAAUCUAGCAACUGCAUCAGUGCCAGAGCCUGUAUCUGCGACAUCAAACACAAACUCGGAAGCUGCAAUCGCGGCAGAGGUCGAGGAUGAGCCAGCUAGGUUUACUCCAUAUGAAAGCCCGCUUCGUAUGUUCAAGUCCUACCGCUACCAUCCGAGCUAUGCGCAGGAUGUCGCAGGUGGAUUCCUGUCCUUGACUUAUAGCCACCAAAUUGACCCAGCGAAGCGUCUAUGUCAGUACGAAGCUGCAGGCGGCUCUUGCAAUGACCCUGAGUGUUCUGAUCAACAUUUCCGGGACAUAGGAAUAACCGGUGAGAAGCUCCUGGUUCAGCUAGGAACAGCCAACCCCGGCAAGACCCCCGACGAGAAGCAGAGGUGGAACGAUGGCCUGCGCGGUGUUUUGAAAGAGCUUCGCCAGAAGAACAUCAAAGACCCCAACGGUAUCGCCGUAGAGAUCGCCAAAUACCGUCGUCAGUUCCUCGAUGACGACACUCGAGUAGUCAAUUUGUGA